CAUAAGCGGCACAUUAAUGGUCGGUAUUUUGGUUUUGUUCUGUUUCUUGAAUAGCGAGAGAUUAUAGCAUAUAACCUUUACACACCAACAAUAUGCCGAAAGUAAGACGAAGCAGAAAGCCACCACCAGAAGGUUGGGAACUUAUAGAGCCUACUUUAGAUGAGCUUGAUCAGAAAAUGCGUGAAGCUGAGACGGAACCACAUGAAGGAAAGAGGAAGGUUGAAGCAUUAUGGCCCAUAUUCAAAAUUCACCAUCAGAAGUCCAGAUACAUAUUCGACCUUUUUUACAAGCGGAAAGCCAUUAGUAGAGAACUAUACGAGUUUUGUCUGAAGGAGAGCAUUGCUGACAAAAACCUAAUAGCAAAGUGGAAGAAACAGGGCUAUGAGAAUCUGUGUUGCUUGCGUUGCAUACAGACACGUGACACUAACUUUGCUGCCAACUGUAUAUGCAGGGUGCCCAAGGCAAAAUUGGAGGAGGGCAGGAUAGUUGAGUGUGUACACUGUGGAUGUAGAGGAUGCUCGGGCUGAUGCAACCGGAUUACAGAUAGAGCAUGUCCAAGAAACCUUACUGACUCUAUAAGGACGCUAUAAAGGCUAGCACUAUGGGGAUUUUCUAGUUCACUUCUCGUUUAUUUUUAUUAUUUUUGCAUAGAUUUACUUUGUGUAUAGUACAACCUCCUGUAGCACAAUUAGUAACGAUCAGUUUAAACUAAACCAGAUAGGUUUAUCCUCAAAUCAUCACAUUGCUACUAUGUCUUAUUAUCACCAGUUUGGAUAGUUAUUAGAUUCUCCUGUAUGCAGUGAUGAAAAUUAUGUCGAACCAUUCCAUGCAUGCUAGCACUUAUACAUGAACUGUUUACUAUUCUUUUAAAAAUUAAAAUUAAAUAUUUGUGUAAAAAA